UUUUGGACUGAACCCUCUUCACUGAGAUCAUCAUGUUGGGUUCUCCAAGCUGACCGAGCAGACAAGUGGACAUUUUCUUCUUUCCUUUAAUUUUUUUGGACAGAGGGGAUGAUACAAGGAAAAAAGACGUGAAUAUGUUGCAUUUCUGAGGUAAACGCAUCUUCAUGGGUGCAGCCCUCUGAUCUGGUCAACCCUCUGCAACCCCUCCAUCCCUUAUCCCCGCCUUCCUUUCUUUCCCUAAGCGCUAACCUCUAUCCCUCACUUCAGUCAUUAUGACUUCCACAAGCCGGCUGCUCGGUUUGGCGGAGGUGGGCCUAAAGUGUGACCAGGAGAUUGAGAGGAGAUAUGAGAUAGUGCCCUCAGUGGUCUGUUCCAUGUGCUGCCUCUUCGGGAUCAUCUACUGCUUCUUUGGUUACCGAUGCUUCAAAGCUGUGUUGUUUCUGACGGGCCUAAUGUUCGGCUCUGUGGUCAUCUUCAUGCUGUGCUACAAGGAGAGGGUGAUGGACACUCAGCUGAGCGUGGAGGCGUCCGUGGGCAUCGGCCUGGGCAUCGGGACCCUUUGCGGGCUGGUGACCAUGUUGGUUCGCAGUGUGGGGCUGUUCAUGGUCGGCCUGCUGCUGGGCCUGCUGGUCGGAGUGGCGUCACUGGUGGUCAUGGAGGAGUUCUACCACCCCAGAACAGUAUGGGUUCCUCUGGGGGUUCUCCUCGGAUCUGGGACACUGUUCGCCGUUCUCACCCUGCAAUGGCAGCGAUGCUUCGUCACCUUCUCCACCGCCACCUUCGGCUCUGCCAUCAUUACUGUCACUGUGGAUUAUUUUAUAGAGCUGUUCGCCUUGGUGCACUACAUCUACGAGAGACUGAGGGUGGCACCGAAGAGGCCAGUGUGUUGGUUCACCUGGGUCAUCCUGGGGGUGUGGCCUGUCCUGGCCUUCCUCGGAGUGCUGAUACAGUGGAAAGUCACCGCAGAGGGAUUUUCCCACACAGAGGUGGUUCUGAGUCGACAGCAAAGGAGAGUCCAGCUGAUGCGCAUCCGGCAGCGAGAAGAGAGGAUGAAGAAGGAGAAGGAGAACAAGAAGAAGAAGAAACGACAGAACCAGAAGCCUGAGCACAAGCAGAAGGCCCACACCCACCACCACCACCACCAGCAGUACCACCACCCGGGGACGUCGCACCCCCAUCAAACCCAGAGCUCCCAGCCUCCUAAAGUACCUCCUCCUCAGACCGAACCUGGAUACCACCGCAAGUCCAACCCCAAACGACGCUUCGAUGGAGAUGUGCUGUCACCGAGCUACAUCCGGAGUUUCAGGGACAGACAGACAGACAGACGCUCAUAUUCCCACAGUCGGAUGAUGAGCCGCUCUCGAAUGGCUGAACUCGACUACGACUGCGGCUCUCAAGUGCCCCUCACCGCCCCCAGCGGACCCCCAGUUCGCAUCUGAGACAGCAAAAACCACACACACACACACACACAUACAUAAACACACAUGCAUCCUCGUACAUACACACAACCACUUUAAACCUCUUUGUCACAGCUCGGGAUAGAAAAGCUAACCUUACCGUGCCAACCUAAUCGACUGCCUAGAACUCAAUAUGUCCCGAAGGUGGUUUGACACUGGUUUUCUCCUUUAAGACUUGUUGUAGGUCAGAUUUUAUGGCCUGGUUUUAUUUAUUUUAUUUUUUUUCCCAAGUACAAGAGAUUAGCUUCUUCACUGGAUUGGAUGAGGAAUAAAAAAAAAGAGUUAUUGCAGUUGGAGACAUUGUGGUCAAAUCCCAGACAUCAUAAGUCAUCUCUUCAGUGACUGUACUCAUCUGGAGAACGUUGAAGGAAAUGGAUCUACCCUAAUAGAAAGGGAUAUUCAUUGAAAAGCCACUUUUAAGGAUAUGUUUUUUCGAGGUUGCUUCAAGUUGUAAGCUGUAAUUUCUAAUAUGAUCGCAAAAAGGGGAAAAAAAUCAGAUCACGUACUUCCUCAGAGGAAGGCUGCACCAAUUUUAAGACAAACGUUUAACACGGCUUUCAUGAAAACACAGUAACUACUUUCUUUACUUGAAUGGUGUUUACUGAUCAGAGGAAGAAGGGGCUUAUUUUAAGGAUCCCUUUAUAACAAAAUAAGAAAAAAAAAAAAAAAAAGUCCAUAAACAGAAGGGCGGCUCUUCAUUGUUUCUUCCUGUGUGUGAAGUGACAGCACAAGUAUUCUACAGCUGCAAAACACUGAAUAGAAAUUGGACUCAAACAUCCGUCUCCUACUUUAGAUGAUCAAACACUACUGAGAAUUUUAUUAUUUCGCCCACAAGCCUCUCUACGCAUCAUUGUCUAGAGUGAAGCUGUUUUCCAAGGCUGCAUCCUACAUGUCAUUACAUACUUGGCGGCCUCCUUUUGCCAAGUGUUUUAGCUACUGGACCUAAUCAGGAGAAAAAAAAAAAAAAA